AUGGAAUGUGUACAGGAACGAACUGUUGAUGUGAUGGGCACUGAUGGUUACGGUAACAGUGCAGCGGUUACUUCAGAUGGGAAUGAUUACUUGGAUUAUCUGAAUAAAACCAUCAGUAAUAUUCGUUGUGCUAGCGAUUUUAAUCGGGUUGCUCGUAAAAUACGAGCAGUAUCAGCGUCAGCUGAUCGAAUUGUCGUGGAGAUGGUGGUGGAGGAGGAGCACAUUAACAGUAAGAAGACCUUACAUGGGGGUCAAACUGCAGCACUGGUGGAUAUGAUAACUGCGCGUGCAGUUGGAAUGACUGUACGAGACAAAGUUAUGGUUUCUGUCGAACUUGCUGUCAGUUACUUGUUACCGGUGAAACUUGGUGAAACGGUCGAGAUUGAAGGAAAAGUGUUGAAAAUUGGUCGGAAUAUUGCUUUCACGGAAGCUGAAUUUCGCAGAAAAGGCGAUAAUCGAAUAGUUGCCAAAGGAAAACAUACCAUUGCUUUCAUUCCCAAACCACCGGCCACAAACGGUGAUCCAUUCGAGCAGUUUUAAUAUCUGCAUAUUCCAAAUGUAAGCAGUUUCCGUUCUUUACCAUCUCAAAACUUAUUACAACGGUUAUAUUACCGUCCUCACAAAAUUCACGGACAUGUUAUCUGCCACUUCGGUAGCCGAGGCACAUUUUUGCUUUGCGAACAGUUGUUCUAAGUCAAAUAGCCUUUGUACGAGUAAUGUUGCAAAAGUGAGCUAAUUAGAUAAAAUAGGUCAUUUAUUCGAGUAAAGCCGGUUCUGGGGUGGUUUAUCAUGUUCGAUAAACUUCCGUUAUAUUGUUCAGUAGGAAACGGUUCUGCUGUUCAGUAGAAACUAGAUUUUUGCAUCCGUGUAUAAACAUUUG